AUGUCUUCCAAACUCUAUAUCGGAAACCUUGCCGGUAGCACAACCGAUGAAAGCCUUCGAAAAGCCUUCGGAAAUUACGGCCAAGUCUUGGACUCCAUUGUAAUGCGGGACCGUGACUCUGGUAACUCUCGAGGCUUCGGUCUUGAUGGAAAUCGUAUCACUGUUAGCAUGGCCAAUGCUGAGUCUACUGGUAAUAGUGGUGGUGCCUACAACGGUGGUCAAGGCGGUUAUGGUGGAGGUUAUCAACAGGGAGGGGGAUACAGCGGUGGUUAUUCCCAGGGAGGAUAUGGUGGAGGAGGAUAUGGUGGAGGCAACUGA